UGACUUAGCAAGGUCUAAAAUAUCGAUGAUAUCGGAAAUAUCGGUAGUCCAAAAAAAUAUCACUAGUCCAAAAACGCGGAAAUUUCGAUGGAAAUAUCGGGAUAUUAUGGAUAUUUUAGACCAUGAUUCGCACCCACCUCAGCCGUACCAUCGAUUUUAAGCAGUUUGGCACCCACCGACUCCUUCUGCAUUGUGUUAGUGGAGACAAUCCAGUGGAGCAGAAUUACUAUUUGCAUUAUGAUAACCAUGCUUUUGAUGAGUACUGCAAGCUAGAGUAUCCAAGUGUUCCCAAGCGCAAGAGAUUUCUUCGUGUGGUCGGAAUGCGAGGAUCCGAAUACUUUUUAUGGGCUUAUUCACUUGCUAGAGGCUUGUGGAGUAGUCCUUGUUCUUUUGAUCCCGUUUGUAAAGUUUUUUAUUCUUGCAAAUUUCAGGCUUUUGUGAACUGGGCAGUUCAUUGGCUGGCAUGGCGCUGCUUGAACGAUGGUCGUUAUCAAAAUUUCAUUUUAGCAAUUGAUGUGGACGGUGAUGGAAACUCCGUUGCUAUGUUCACGACAACGCGUGGUCGUAAUUGUCCUGAGGAUUUUCUUGACAUAUGGGUGAUGAAAGAGUAUGGCAUCGAGGAUUCAUGGGCCAAACUGAUAACUCUAAGUCCACCGGAUCCGGAAAGAAGGGUGCCCUACAAGCCCUUAUGUUUUAGGAACAAUGGUGAAGUAGUGUCCUGACUUUAUCACUUGUUCUAGUAAAAAACGUCGCAUGUACUGGGAUUUUCUCAGGGAUGCCUUGUGAUAUUCUGACAUGGGUAAAUUGUAGCAAUGGUCCCUCAUUUUUUAAUCAAAUUGGAGCAAUGAUUCGUCAACUAAAAUUUCAUUACCA